AUGAAGUCGUAUUUAGCUAGAGAAAAUUCAAUUUGGAAUAUGAUGUUCUUCGGGAAGAGCCAUCAGGUGAAAAUGCUGGUAGCGCCAUCGAACCGCGAAGUUCAAGUAGAACAAGCCAGUAACGAAAAGAAGAUGUAUUUUGAUAAUGAAAAACAUGGCAAUUCUGAUUACUUGCCAAUUGAAGUAACUGCUGGUAACAGGAAGGCUAAGGUUUCGAAAUGGAUGCGCUUUUGGCAAGUUUUGUAUUUGUUCUGUUUCUUGCAAACGACAUAUAAUUUGGUGCAAUAUUGGAGAUUUUCAGGCUCCGCUAUUUACACACAUUUGACUGCUGCAGAAAUCGUCGGAAGUAAUAAUUUGAUUGAUCAGUUUGAUGGUAUUGCAGGAUCUGAUGAUGUAGUGGUGGCACCUAAGCAAAUCUUAGAAGUCACCUACCCAUUUUUACAAGAAGAUGCUUCCUUCGGUGCGCCGGUUUUCCAAUCGCUCUACAUCAACCACACGUUUGGAAACUCCUGGGGUUCGCCUGCAAUUGCCAAGAUUUCAGCUCCAUCCAACGUCACGUACAAUAAGGUUGUUUUAACUCUUAACACGACCGUUGGAGGAGUCCAAUACGACAGAUUAGCUAACAUAUUUGUUGAUGGUGUUCAGAUUUGGAGAACUUCCACUGCUGAGCCUGGUGGAAAGGAAGUUUUCUCCACCUUUGACAAAGAUGUAUCUACAUACUUGAAUUUGUUCAAACAAAGUGAAUUCGAAGUCUUAUUCCAAUUGGAUAAUUUGAUCACUCCGAGAUUGACAGGUGAAUUCCAUGUUGAAUUAUAUGCUACAUACUUCAACGUGCUGGAAUUAGUUGAAUCUGAAGAGAAAGAAGGAAUUAUCCGAGAUUCAGCAUUUGGCAAUUUCUCCAAAUAUUCAAUCCUUUCAACGGAUGGAGCAGCUUCAAAGGUAUAUGGCUUAACUAAGCACGAAAAGAAAACUGAGCCUUCAAUUUCCUACUUACCGUCGGACAAGAUUCACGUAAGUUUACCAGAGGUCUCCGUAAACACCACAAGGUUAACUUUGAGCGUUUUUGCCUCUGGUAAUUCUGCUGAAGAAUUCUGGUACACCAAUGUCUUGGAUAAGUUUGUUCACGAAUUCGAAAACGUGGGUAAGAAAUUGUUGGGACAUGGACCAGUUCGUAUAAUCAACAUUUACUUCAAUGGUGAGAAGAUUGCAACUCAGACCCCUGAACCAUUUAUUUUCACUGGUGGAAUCUCCCCAGCUCUUUGGUCUCCGGUCGUUGCAACCUCUGCCUUUGAUUUAUCAAGUAUUGACAUUGACCUUACAGGAUUGUUACCAUACUUGUGGGAAAGUCAAAGCAUUGAAGAUAAAUUCUUAGAGAUCGAAAUCAGUAAUGGAUUGGAUGAAGUUGUUGUGUUUCCACCAAUUCCUAAGUCUGGAAUUGCUGAGAAUUGGAUCACUUCAGCUAAUCUUUUAACUUAUGAAAGUGACCAGGUUGUAUCAGUUGAGGGUAGUGUUGUUUUGAUCAAUGAUACCAAGACUGGUUCUGCAAUUGGUUUGGCUCCACCAUUCAGUGGAACCAUUCUCCAAGUCAUAUCGGCUAAUUUCGGUACCACUUUGAAUGCCAUUUUAAACUACACCCUUAUUGACGGUACUAGUGUCAACACUAACUUCACCCUGUACACUGAAUCUAAGACCACCAAUAUUCAAAAAUACCAAAAAUUCGGUGAAAAGCAGUCAUUGGUUCACGUUGGAAAGUCCAAGCAGUCCACUACAUUCUUAGACAAUGACGUAACCGAAAUCACUUCCGAUGAAAUGCUCAAUACAUUCAAAAAGAAGAAGAAGUUAGCACCAAAUACUAUUCAGCAAGUCAACAAGACCGCUACUUUCCCGGUUAUCGCUACAUUAAAUGAAACAGAAUAUAAAACAUAUCCAGCAGAUGAGGUUAACAUUGAAUACGACGUUGAAAUUGCUACUGCAAAGGACGUUUCUGUUAAAGUCGACGGUACCACUGUCUUCGGUGAGUCUGCAAAGCAAAAUGGUACUCUGACGUACUUCAUUACAAGCAGUGGAAACCACGGAUCCGGCUCCUUAGAUACUAAGUAUGAACUUGACGUUGGUCCAGCAUUCAAGUAUAAGAGAAAGGUUAAAGCUGUAAAUGGAACAGUCGUAUCGGACGUUUUAAAGGGAUCCGCUAUCUUCUCGUACGAAGGUGAGACCUUGGAGAGCAACUAUGCCAGUCUAUUAACUUCCCUUGAGAAGGAACACGGAGAUUCUGGAGAAGAAAUGUUUGAUAUUCUCAAUCAUAUUGUCGACCCAUCAUUUAUGGAAUUAUUUACAAAAGUCAUGACAGAGACUAAAGUGUGUAAACAUAAGUCUUAUCCUGAUGUCUACAAGAAGAGAAGCUUUAAGAAGCAUUUCUAA